UAGAGGUUAUCUGGAGUAACAAAAGUGCAAUAAGUUGUCAACUCUGUCUAAGCUUGAGCUGGAUAUAGACUGGAUAAGAACUGAUUAGCGGUUGCAAGGCUUCUACUUCAUUGCCAUGUGUGGCAUAUGUUGAGUGAUUUUCAAAUUAAGUCAAGACAGUAGACGAAAAAUGGCUGUUCAUCAAGACAGUAGGGUGAAGGAGCUCACAGAGAGCUUGGAUACUGAGAGGAAACGGCGAUCAUCCUAUGAAGGCACAAUCAUCAAGUUAAAACACCUGUUGGAUACAAAUCGCAAAACCAUCUCCACGAUCGAGGAGGAGAAGGAAGCAUUGAAUGUUGAGAAGAAAUCUUUGGAACAGAAGUUUGAGCUACUGAGGAAGGAUGUGCAGGAAUUCAAGGCUCAUGAAAAACAAACAGUGACAAAACCAGAGCCAACGUCUACUGGAGAUCUAAGUUCCUUCAAUCUCCAAGAAGAGAUUAAGAGACUUCAGAAGCAGAACAAGACGUGUGUGAGUCGCCUUGAAGAGACCAUGAUAUCUCUAGAGAGUGAGAAGAUGAAGUGCAGGGAACUAGAGAGGAAGCUCUCUACCACCGAGGAGAAAUGGGAGCUGGUCGUCAAGAGGUAUCGGGACAAUGAGAAACAGCUCAAUAACAAGUUGGACAUCCUGAGCCAUGAACUGGACGGCUCCAAAACACUGCUCUCCAAUAGCCAACUGGAUAUUUUCAAGCUACAAGCAGAAAACAAGAGGAUUUUAAAUGAUUCUAGCUUUGAGAAGGACAAGUAUGAGGAUCAGCUCCAGGUGGAGCAGAGUAUCCUGGGUAAGGAGGUGGAGCAUCAUAGGGAGACCAUAGGAGAGCUGGAGCAUCUGGUAGACGGACUGAAGAAGGAUCGGGAUGUACUAGCACAUGAGCUCCAGGCUAUGAUCAGUAAGGAGCAGAAACACAAGGAAUGGAUGGGAUCCAUGGACCUAUUGGGCAAGGAGAACAGGGAGCUCUCUGAUAAGAAACAAGUAAAGUUCCUGUCUCCAAGAUUCAGAUCAUCAUCACCAUCUGUACAAUCACUGGAAUCAAGUCUAAGCAAGGAGACGUACAUGCAACAAGAAUUGGACAUUGAGAAAAGAAAAAGUAGAGACCUAGCAUCCAGACUGAAGAUGUCUGAGCAUUCAGGAGAUGCACUUCAAGGAGAGCUAGGAAGGAGGUCUGCUGAGCUCUUUAAGCACUAUGAUAGUAGUAGAGAUGGACAGAAUAAAUUGGAGAUAGAGCUUCUAGCUGUGAGGAGAGAGUUAGAGAUGGAAAAGGCUUUAGCAGCUAAAGACAAGACCAAUCUGAAUCAAACCUUGGAGAGAGAUGAGUUGAGGCUUAAAGAUCUUGAGACACACCUCAGUACCAAAAACCAGGAAAUAACCCAACUGAGGAGAGAGGUAGGACGCCUCUCACUGGAUGAAAGCAGAACAGGGGAAAAGGUGAAUGAAGAAACAAGACGAAGGUCAGACGUGGAGUCGAGGAACAAGGUGUUGGAAGAAGAAAUGACCAAGCUGUGGAGCCAAUUGAAAGGCAUGAUGGACCGGCUGUCAGAGGCAGAAAAAUCCAAACAUGAAUUGGAGUCUGAAUUAACAAGGUUAACCAAUCAGUAUCGUCACCAAGAAGCAGCAAAGGAUAUGCAUCAUGCAGAGACAGUUGCCGUGACGACUACCCUGAGUAAAGUUCAGCAGCGAGCUCAGGCUGCAGAGAGGAAGAUUCCAGAGCUCCAAACCGAACUGGACCAAACAUCACUAAGACUGCAAGCUACUGAGGUGCAUCUUAAAGACUUUGGUGCUCUCAAGGUGCAACUCCAGGACAGACAUGAUGAGGCUGUAAGACUGAAAUCACAGAUCCAAGAUGAUAAGUUACAAAGAUCUGUGAUGACUCAGCAGAUAGACGAUUUACGCCAGCAGUGCAAGACAUCCAGAGACAUAGAAGACCAGCUGAGGAAAGAGAACCAGGACCUGAAAGAUCAGCUAAUAGGAAUCCAAUCCAAACUCUAUCAUGCUGAAGAUACUAGUAGGAGUGUCAAUGAUAAGCAUAACAUGUCAGAGCAGAGCAGAUCAUCGCUGCUUCAGCAAGUUGGCAACCUCCAAGCAGAGAGGGAUAACCUGAGCCAAGAACUAGCCCGUAUCUCAGCCCAGCUAGAUGCUCAGAUACGCAAGUACCAGGACCACAAAAACAAUACCAAGAUUAAGAUGCAACAAGCAAGGGAUUUGUUUGCCAAGCAGAAAGGCAUGCUGGGUGAUAGUCUAAUGAAGUUACAGGAAGAAUUGAAAGCAGCAAGGUCUGAAUUGACAGCGACAAACCAUUCCCACUCUACUAUGGACAAUAAACACCAAACCUUACUCGCAGAACACAGGGAACAUCUAACCAAGUUCACUGAGUUGGAAGAGAUGGUAAGAGACCAGAGCCAUGGAAUCGGUACCCAGGAUUAUAGGAUCAAGUUCCUAGAGAGAGAGAAUGGUAUGCUUCAGGAGCGCAUUGAUACACUGUCCAAGCAGAGGAUGGCCCUAGAGAAGCUGGUCAGAGAGUACAGGCUGGAGAAGCAGAAGGAUGAGAUCAACCGAUCAAUAGGUGGGGUACCUAGCUAUGGUGGCUACCCUCAGCCAUCCAUCAAGACAUCUCUUAGCAGCGGCAUGGGUAACUCAGUCAGCAGCAGGUCAUCAGUGGAUCUUGCGAAUGGUCAUCAUGAUGGUCUCCUAUCCAAGACUAAUCUGACCAAUGGAUCAGACGUCCAUUAAUACAGAGCCCAAGUGCUUCUCGACCUGCUCAGUAACGGGAGAAACAUGUUAACGCUAUAGUCGCUAAACCUAGUGCUUAACCUCGACAAGGGCACUUACUUAACCUAUUGUCCACCAAAUGG